AUGAAAGUGAGAAUUAGUAAGGAGGAGGAGGAGGAGGUGGAGGAGCAGCCGCUCAGCCCGAUGGCGAGUGUAUUCCUAUCACCAGAGGUAGACUACUGCGCCGUCACCAUCAUGGGCUUCAAAACCAAGUUCUGUCCGGACGUCAUUCUUGAUGCCUUGAAGCAUAAUGUCUCCAAACAUCCUCGUUUUUCCUCCAAACUGGUACCAACUUUAUACAAUAUAUUACAAUUAGUGCAUUUCAACAUGAUCAAAUCUAAAGUUGUACCAAACAUAGACCCAAAAGAGAUAGGUGAAGAUGGACAAGGUUUCGUAGAUGACUACAUCUCACGUCUCACGACGAUUCCUCUUGAUAGAUCAAGACCCUUGUGGGACAUGCACAUCCUUAACGUAAAAACCUCAGAUGCUGAAUCAGUUGUUGUAACAAGAUCUCACCAUUCAUUGGGAGAUGGGAUGUCUAUGAUUUCUCUCAUCCUCGCAUGUACCCAUAAGACAUCAGACCCUGGGAAUACUGAUAUUCCUUCCUUGAAACGGCGUGAAACGGUGCCGCGUGGCCUUAGAAAACAAGGCUGGUUCUUAAGGUUGAUAUUCACCGUUGGUUCUACAAUGAGAUUGCUUUGGAACACCUUUGUAGACACGGUGCUUCUUUUUGCGACUAUAUUGUUUUUGAAGGAUACAAAGACACCUCUUAAAGGUGGCAAGGAUGUUGGGAGGAAUCCAACGAGAUUUUAUCGAAGAACUAUCUCUUUGGAUGACAUAAAACUAAUAAAGAACAGUAUGAAUAUGACUAUCAACGAUGUUCUACUUGGAGUUACACAAGCUGCUCUUUCUCGCUAUUUGAAUCGACUUUAUGGCAAGAAUCAUGAGGAGGACAGAGCAUUGUCAUGGAAUCAGAACCAUCUUCCACGUAAACUACGUUUCCGUGCAGGUUGUACAGUAAAUCUGAGGUCGGACAUUGGGUUCAAGCCUUUGGCAGAUAUGAUGGCUAAGGACUCAAAAUGCAGAUGGGGAAACUACUUCAGCUUUAUCAUCUUGCCCUUCUCCAUCAGUUUACAAACCGAUCCUUUGGUCUAUCUAAAAAUAUCCAAAUCCAUUAUGGCUCGAAAGAAGCAUUCUUAUCACGCUGCACUAGCGUAUUUUAUCAUCAAAAGUAUUCGAACAGUUUUUGGAGCUAAGGCAGCAGCAGCCACAUUCAACCGACCCGUGGUGAAUUUAACUACAUGCGUUUCAAACGUCAUUGGUCCCAUGGAUGAAAUAAGUUUCCGUGGCCAUCCUAUUGCUUACAUCGCUCCAAGUAAUUAUGGACAAUCACAAGCAUUGUUGGUACACUACAUAAGUUAUGCGGGGAAGAUGAUAAUCUCGUUAGCUGUUGAUCCUACAAUUAUACCGGAUCCUCAUCAGAUAUGCGAUGACAUGGAGGAGUCACUCAAAGCUACGAAGGCUGCUCUUUUCGAAAGAGGGUUACUAGAGCAUCCACAUCAAUGAACCCCCUCCCUCUUUUAGGGUUCAUUGAAUCAAUUUUUUAUAAUUAAAAUUUUUCUGUUUUUUUUUUAUUUUAUUUUUUUUAAAUAGAUGAAUCGUGGGUUGCCAGGUAUUGUGGGGUCUGCGCUACAGUGAUGAACCGGGUUCACCACAGAAAACCUACAAUAGGCUAAUUCAUCACUAUUCCUUAUUUUAAUUUUCUUUUUUUGAAAAAUGGGUGCCAUCUAAACCUUUGAUGGAGGUGCUCUAAGGCUCGUGAGUCAUUGGUAUCUGCUUUGUAUAAUUAUCAGACGUUGAUAAAAUAUAUGUUUGGUCUAAAAUGUUAUGUCUGGAAGUUUAUUUGAAAGAAGAAAAAAUGUGUGGAGACUUUCAAUGGUUUUGUCAAGGCC